AUGACAAGACUCAAACUCAAACUGCUGGAGAAGAGACUGGAAAACAAAGAGCACAAUAUGGACGAGAGAGCAGAGUCUGCCCAGUCUGCAAGGAGUUAUCGUUAUGAUCGAGGACAGUUGGAUCAACUACAUCGUGCACUGAGGCGAAAGCAGGACCUACUGCAAAGGCUCAAGGAGCAGCACAUGUUAGAGGACCUCAACCGACCUCACACCUGGGCAGGGUCACAAAGACAGUACAAGUCACAUUUCCCCACUGCCCCUCACCCGCCUCCUCAGCUCCCACCACACCAGUCAGCCCCUGCUCCACCCUUUGUGUCCCCUCCUCACCCUCCACGCAUCAUCCAACAGACUCUCCCCCAGCAGCCUGCAACCAUCAUACAACAGCUGCCACAACAGCAGCCUCUGAUAACUCAGAUUCCCCCACCCCAGCCUCACCCUGUACCACGCUCAGGCAGCAUCAAGGAGGAUAUGGUGGAAUUGAUGCUGAUGCAAAAUGCCCAGAUGCACCAGAUCAUAAUGCACAAUAUGAUGCUGAAAGCCAUGCCCUCUAUGUUGCCACCUGGAGGGCCCAGUGUCCCUCAAACUACAUAUCUUGAGCAGGACAGUUACCCUAUUUUCUUGAGGCCAGAUGUCAAACCAAGAGGACGUACUGUCCAUCAUCAUCAUCACUACGGUACUACUCCUGCAGCAUCACAGCUGCCUCCCAUCUGUCCCCCCGCAUGGUUACCAAUGGUCUCAUCUGUCCCAGCAGGACAAGCAGCGGGACAUUUACCAACCAUAAACCAUACAACCCCUUUUACACUCCCACCACUUAAUACAUAA